AUGUUGGACUUCCUGGACAUAGACUGGUGGAGUCUCGCGCUCCCCUUUGGCUAUAUCUCUGUACUGGCUGGCAUGCUGUUCACCUUUUCGACUAUUUACCGCAAGAGGAAAGCUGCACAACUCGCCAACCUGGAGCCAUGGUUCGGGCCUCACUUGCAGAGACAAGUCUACUCCUCCCUCCUUGAGAUUGCCGCCACCGGCGAGAAGACAAAGGUGCCUGAUAGUGUCAUCCGCGCCGCUCUCCUCCGCCGCGCCGUCGCCGACAUUGGCCGCAUCAUCCAGAUCCGACAGGCUAAGCAGGCCCUCAACGUGUUGCUUCAGCGCGGCAGCGUGGGAGAGGACCUGAACCAGAGGUUUCAGCGAGCAGAGAAGGAGAUUGAGGAGGAAUUGAGAGAGGUUGUCAUGGAGGCCAACGCGCUUCAACCCGGAUGGGGCAAUGUCAUCUUCCAAUCUGCCAACGAAAUGGCCGCGAAUGCAGCGCUGCGCGAGAGGAUAGAGGAGAUCCAGGGUACGGCAGAUUCGGAGAAGGAGUGGUGGGAGAAGCGCCGCGAAGUCAUCCGCCAGGACUUUGAGAAGGAACUGAAUGAGGAGGAGGCUGCAAAGACCGACGACGAUGCCGUCCUCGUCGAUACCAGCGCACCCAGCACUCCUGGAGGUUCCAAGAAGAAGAAGCAAGCCAAGAAAUAA